AUGUCUGAAGAAAAGCAAGAAAAGAAAGAAAACGCUUCCAACGAACAUAUCAAUCUUAAAGUUGUUGGAAAUGACAACAAUGAAGUGUUUUUCAAAAUUAAACGAACCACUCAAUUGCGCAAAUUGAUGGAUGCCUACUGCGAACGUCAAGGAAAAGCACCAGGAUCAGUACGCUUUUUAUAUGAUGGUACGCGUAUUUUGAAUCACAAUACACCUAAUGAGUUGGAUAUGGAUGACGGUGAUAGUAUUGAUGUUAUGGUCGAGCAGAUUGGUGGAUGCUAA